AUGACAUUAAUCACUGAUUCUGAAUCCAUCGGAGUUUGUGAAUCCUCCUAUACUCCUGAGGAAGAGAGACGUAUUGUCACCGAGCUUAAUAACGAAGCCGAGGCUGAUUUGAAAGAGGGAAACUUGUAUUUCGUUAUCUCAAACAGGUGGUAUACAAGAUGGCAGAGGUUUGUUGGGCUACUAACAGAAGAAUUUCGUAGUGGAGAGCCUUCAGAAGUUACCCGACCUGGUCCAAUUGAUAAUCAUGAUAUAAUUGAUAGUGAAAGUGAUGCUAGUGAUCCGCAACUUCGUAUGAUGCUGGAGGAAGGUGUCGACUAUACUCUAGUUCAACAAGAAGUUUGGAGAAAACUCGUUAAAUGGUAUAAAGGAGGUCCUCCAGUACCGAGAAAGUUGAUAUCUCAAGGGUUUUACACUAAGAGCUUUAGUGUGGAGGUUUACCUACUGUGUCUUACCUUGACAGACAGUAGAGACGAAAGCACUACCAUCAUAAGGUUGAGCAAACAGGCUUCUAUAGGUCAACUUUAUGAGAUGGUUUGUGCUGGAAAAGGGGUAGCAAAAGAAAAGGCUCGCAUAUGGGAUUACUUUGAGAAAAAGAAAAGCGUACUCUUGGAUCCUUCAUCUGAACAAAGUGUGGAGGAAGCGGGCCUUCAAUUCAACCAAGAUAUUCUUCUUGAGGUUGAUGGAUCUGCAUCUUCUCAAUUUGUCAUGAGCUUGGCUGAAAAUGAAUUAGCUAUGGUACCUCUAGAGCCUAUGAGGUCAGAUGCUAUGGAUAUUGUGCGUGGUGGAGGGACCUUAUCUAAUGGUCACUCCAACGGUUUUAAGUUUAGCUUCUUUGGGAGAAACACUUUCAAAGAUGAUGUUUCUUCAAGGACUUUUGGGAAAGGAGAGAAGAGAGGUUUAGGAGGAUUGCAAAAUUUGGGAAAUACAUGCUUCAUGAAUAGUACUCUUCAGUGUUUGGCUCAUACACCCCCUAUUGUUGAAUAUUUUCUACAAGAUUACCGCUCCGACAUAAAUGCAAAGAAUCCUUUGGGAAUGCGUGGUGAGCUUGCAAUUGCAUUUGGUGAACUUUUGAGGAAAUUGUGGUCAUCUGGACAAAAUACAGUUGCGCCGCGCGCUUUUAAGACAAAAUUGGCUCGAUUUGCUCCACAAUUUAGUGGUUAUAAUCAGCAUGAUUCUCAAGAAAUGCUUGCUUUCUUAUUGGAUGGGCUUCAUGAAGACUUGAACAAGGUAAAACGAAAACCUUAUAUUGAAGCUAAAGAUUCAGAUGGUCGUCCAGAUGAUGAAGUAGCCGAAGAAAAGUGGAAAUACCAUAAGGCCCGAAAUGACUCUGUGAUAGUUGACGUCUUCCAAGGACAAUACAAGUCAACAUUGGUGUGUCCAGAUUGUGGAAAAAUCUCAAUCACAUUUGACCCCUUCAUGUACUUAUCUUUGCCGUUGCCAUCAAGUCGCACUCGAUCAAUGACUGUUACAGUGUUUUAUGGCGAUGGAAGUCACCUUCCGAUGCCAUACACUGUAACAGUUCCUAAAGACGGUUCUUGUAGAGAUCUCAGUAAUGCAUUAGGCACUGCUUGCUGCUUGGACAAUGACGAAAGCCUUUUACUUGCAGAGGUGUAUGACCACAAGGUCUUUAAGUAUUAUGAAAAUCCCCGGGAGUUGCUGAAUGGGAUAAAAGACAAUGAACAUAUUGUGGCAUAUCGGUUCAAGCAGAUGCACAAAGGACCAGGAAAAGUCAAACUAGAAAUUCUUCAUGGGGAGCAGGAAAAGUCUAGUGACAGGGGCCCAAAGUGUUUUGGAACUCCCCUAGUCACUUAUAUCAACAAAGAACCACUUAGUGGAACAGACAUUGCUACUAGCAUCUCUGGAUUGUUGUCACCUCUACGCCGGGUUCAUAUGUCAUGUGUAGUUAAUAGUGGAAACGAGAAUGGCCACGUUCCAGAUGAAUCAUCCAGAAGUAUAUUAUCUAGAGACACGGAAACAGAGGAUAAUGAUAGAGAAUUAUCCUUGAGCCUCUUACGAGAUUACUAUUCUUUCAAUCUCCAGCCACUUGAGUCCGAUUCCGUUGUGAAUCCUGGUAGUGUUACAAAGGUUUUAGUCAAGUGGAACGAGAAAGAGCAUGAGAAAUAUGACUCAAGCUACUUGAAUGAUCUACCUAAGGUUCAUAAAAAUGUCUUGGCAAAGAAGACAAUGCAAGAGGGAAUAUCUUUGUUUUCAUGCUUGGAAGCCUUUCUAGCAGAAGAGCCUCUAGGACCAGAUGACAUGUGGUAUUGUCCUGGUUGCAAAGAACAUAGACAAGCGAACAAGAAGCUAGACUUGUGGAAGUUGCCAGAUAUUCUUGUGUUCCACCUGAAACGGUUCACGUAUAGCAGAUAUUUCAAGAAUAAGAUUGAUACGUUAGUGAACUUCCAUAUUCACGAUCUAGAUCUUAGCAAGUACGUAAAGAACGAAGACGGUCAGUCAUAUCUUUACGAGCUGUAUGCGAUUAGCAAUCAUUAUGGUGGCCUUGGAGGUGGUCACUACACUGCUUACGCUAAGUUGAUGGAUGAGACCAAAUGGUAUAAUUUUGAUGACAGCCGUGUUUCAGCUGUAAAUGAAUCCGAGAUCAAGACUUCGGCUGCUUACGUUUUGUUCUAUCAAAGAGUGAAAAGUGAUUCAGAGACAUCGGAUAUGAAAAUGGAUUAGUCGGAACAGGCCCAACAUUUUUCAGGAUUCAUGACAAAGUUUACUCAAGAUCCAUUCAUUGACCUAAUAUUUUUAUUCUAAAGCUGAUUGAGUAAAUAGCGUUUAGAUUCUAAAGACUGUAUCGUUAGAUUUUUUUACUUCUUUUUUUC